UUUGAGUGAAAACUUGGUUUAUAUCCAAAAGUUCUUGAGUUUAAAUUGUAAUCUGUGUGCAGCCCACAUCCUCUUCCAGGUUUUGCUCUCAACUGGGAGAACAGUUAAAAAUGGUCCACCGUGUUGUCAGCAUCCCGGGCAUUUCAAAAACUCGCUUUGGACCUUAAAAAGUGUGUCCAAUUUUUGUUGAAAGGUUUUGGUUCCUUGUUUAAUAUACAUAUGUGGAUUUCAACAAAAGAAAUUGCUAAUUACCUAUAUUUUACGCUUUAAGGAUCUUGUGCUUGUGUGUGUAUGUUUCUUAAUUUAUUUUACCAAGAAAUUUGUCGAAAAUAAAACAAUUCUUAUGUACGACGAAAAGUAGAAAAAUCGUAUCGUUGAUAUAUUUGUUUUUUCUUCGACUGUGUAGAAAAGCAACAAGAACCUACAUAUACGUAGGCACAUAUACACAUCGCACGUUCGUCCUGGAAAAACGGUCCUUUUUUUCGGGUCUGCUCUGCCUUGCCUUUCAGUGUGUGGUGUGAUUAUAAAUAGUUUUAGAAAAGAAUUUUAUUUUUUCGACCAAAUACAUCCUUCGGCUAAAAAGUUAUUUUCUUUUUUUACUCUUGCUCUGAAACCAUAAGAAUUUCAGGAGUUUCCUUUUUUCAAACCGGGUAAAUUUUGUAUCUGUAUCUGUGCCUGUGUCAAUAAGAGGCUGGCCAGUGGCUCCAUAGAAUGGGUGAGACUUUUCGAUACGCGAUGGGUUACGUAUCCUGGUAAUAUAUUCCUCUUCCUUCUUACACUCGCUAUUCUGUUUUUUUUUUCUUUUAAUUUUUUUUGUUAAUGGGUGCUUCGCUUUCUGUGUUGAAAUAUAAAAAAAGUAAAAAUAUAAAGUGAUCGGAAAAGAAGUAAACAUCAAGGAUAACACACACGGAAAAGAAAAAGUGUUGGUUCUUAUUUUGCUUUGUUCAGCUCAGGCUAAGCCUCAGGCUCAAGCUCAGGCAUAAGCAUCACGACUCGACUGGGAUGUUAAAUUAAACCGUUGAAGUCCUUUAUUUUUUUAUUCCGAUAACUGGGCGAAGAUAUGAGUUUUGAAUUGUUUGUGUUUCGUGCUAUACUUUUGUGUGUAUAAGUUCGUAUAGGAAGUGGGAGCAACUCGUCGUUAUGUAAUUGAAUGGUCUGACAGGAUAAACGAAGCGAAGACGUGUGCGCCGUGAAAAGGAGCUGGAUUUAGUCGAACGUACUAAUUAAACGAAGGAUAUUUGAUAAGCAUUGCCGUAGUGAAAUUUCAUGGGCAGAAAAAAGCAACAAAAAAGCAAUACAAAUCUGAUCUAAAGGAAAAAUCAAAACAUACAUUUAAAAAGAAAAACCUCAAACAAGGAACAUAGUGUUCAGCCUUUCCGUUAAAUCGCACAAAUUAUAAUGCAAUAUAAAACAUCUAAAUAUAAAAGUUUAAUUAAAAAAAUGAAAGCAAUAUAAAUUAAUUUGUAAUUUAAAUAUACUACAUACCUAAUCAUAAUCACAAAUGAAAUUCACUAAUCAUAAAAUAAUUCGAAAAAUAUAAAAACAACAAGAAAUAUAAUUUAAUUCCUUUGUAAGUUACCGCGGUCAAUGCGGAUGCGGGAAAUUGGGAAAAUAACGUUUUUUAAAUUAAAUAAUGUGGAGCACAAUAUCGCCAACAAAUUCAAAAAAAUUACUCAUCGGCAGUUCACGAAGCGUUGAUUAUGUUGGUGGUGAUAGCACAACUACGACGACAACAAAAAAAGGAACAAAAAUCUCAAUCGCAAUGGAAAUUCAUAUCCAGAACAAGUGUAUUUCAGCAUAGCGCAUCACUCUGGAGGGUGGUGCGGAACCCCCAUGGCUGCAGGGCCCCCUUAAAGCGGCAUUUCUGGGGGCCUCAGGAGUCGGCAAAACAAGUGUGUUACAGCAAUUUUUUAAUCAUGACUUUCCAAAAAGUCAUGCAACAACUUCAAGACGUCGUAUAUACAAAAACUGUCUUGUGUGCGAAACCUGCAUACGGGAGCUGAUGGUACUCGAUGUUCCACCCCAGAAGAGAUUUCCAGCUGAUAAUUUUGCUGAAUGGAACAAUGGUCAUCCACUGGGGCUGCGAACGGUACAUGCUUAUGUUUUGGUUUUUGACAUGGGUAAUUUGGAAACAUUUCAGUACUGCCGAUCGAUGAGAGAUCAAAUUUUAGACAGCUUUUGCCAUCGUGAUUUUAGUAUAAUUGUCGUUGGUAAUAAAUGCGAUACAAUCACUGAAGCUCAAUCGAAUUCUCAGGAAUUAAAAGAUAUUUCUACCCUUGUACGAAAGCACUGGCGAUGUGGCUACGUAGAAUGCUCAGCAAAAUACAAUUACAAAAUCGGUGAUGUUUUUCGAGAAUUGAUGGGCUGUACUACAACUGGUGGAAGUGGCAUGGGUAGCGGUGGAGUUAUUGGAACUGAAUAUUCACAAUCAAAUAGAAAUAAGGGACGUUGCACAAUCCUCUAGCAAUAUCUCAGUAAAUUCAUAAAUCAACAAACGUGGUAGUUUUUUAGAAAAAAAUAUCGGUAUUAAAAAAAAAAAUACAGAAUUAAAGGAUAUCUACAUUAUAUUAAAAUGGAAAAUGUGGUCUUUUUGUAUGAAUGAACUGUGGUCUAAUUCAUCAAUUUUGAGUGGCUUUUCAACAGUUUCUAUACUAAUUGUUUUUAAAGUUAAGUAAAAAAUAUUAAAUUUGAAUUUUGAAAACUUUAAUUUACCUCAGAUCUUCCAAAAUACAAAAACUAAGCAAAAAUUGAACUUACGAAGGUCGACACAGCACGAUAUGUUGGUUUAAAUUUAUGGGUUUCCAAAAAAGUUCAAUUUCAUUCUAUUCCAAAAUAUUUUCAUUUGAAAGAAAUUACAAUAAGCAACCCUUUUUUAAACUAUAUAAAAAUGGAUGACAUUCGUAAAUAAAUUUUACUUAAGGGAAUUAAUUUAUUGUAAAAUUAUUAUGUACAUAAAUUAUUACCGAUGAAUAAAAAUUAUACUUGUAUACAUUCAUACCUAAAUAAACCUUAUAUUUAAUUGAUUUUGAAGUGCAUAUUAUUGCAAAAAAAAUACUGAAGCAAGAGUUUGUAGUUUUUAUGAUAUUUAUUGAAAAUAAUAAUUGUUAUACAAAAAUAAUAAUAAUAAUAAUAAUAAUGAUAAUAAAAAAAACAAAGCAAAUAAUACAUUUGUAAACUUAGAGAUUUUAAAAACGAGUGAGUUUUAGCAUACAAGUUAAAAAAAAUAAAGUUUGAAAUACGUUUAGAAAAAUAUUAGAUGCAUUGAGUUGUAUUUUUAUUAUAAACAAAAAUAACAGUUUGAAUUAACAUUUAUCUUACGAAUAGAUUUUAAAAUGAUUUAGUUUUGUGUUUAACUCCUUUUAAAUUUCUUUUGAUUAUAGUAUUAGGUAUAUUGUUGCCUUAAAAUCCAUGUUUGAAUACCACAAACUCAGACAUGGAACUUUUUGACAAAGAGUUUUUAAUUUUCAGGAAAGGUCGUCACACCGUCACGUAGAUAUAAAGAAAAU